AAGUAGUAGAAUUUCAGAAGAUAGUGGGUAGCUUAAUUGAACUUGUUGAUCAACUGGCAAAAGCUGCUGAAAGUGAGAAGAUGAAGGCCAUCGGUGCACGAAAUUUGCUGAAGUCUAUAGCAAAGCAAAGAGAAGCUCAGGAACAGCAACUUCGGGCUUUAAUAGCUGAGAAAAAGAUGCAGUUGGAAAGAUACCGAAUAGAGUACGAGACUCUGUGCAAAAUUGAAGCAGACCAGAACGAAUUCAUUGACCAAUUCAUUUUUCAAAAAUAG